AUGUACCCUGACUCGCAGUUGCAAGCACAAGCACAAGCACAGCAACAAGAUGUCCCCUCACAACAAGCCCCGACUGGCAUCAACUGGGAUCAUCCGAUCUUCUCUCAGACUCAGAAUCAGGCACAGGCACAGCAACAGCAGCAGCAGCAACACCAGAAUCCACAUCAAUCCCAGCAACGAAGUCCUCUCCCUCAAACCGACAGCAAUCAUGGCAUCUAUUCCUCUCUUCCUCAGUCAUGGCAACCAAACCCCCUCCAACAACCUUCAGGGGGAUAUGCAAUUUCGUCGCAAUUCCAACCACAGCAACAGAUUCCUCCGUACCAGCAAGGUCAAUUGUCCUUUGACUCGCGAUCUCUGACGCCUUCCGAGAGCUCGGCCUUCCCAUCAUACUCCUACCCUCAAAACUAUUUUCACCAGCAACAACUCCCCGUUCAGAACGCGUUCCCCGAGCGCCCAGCGCAGAACCAGCGACAGGACGAAUUCCAGAACAUUGCGCCUCGUCCCUCAAUCUCGCAAUUCCCUCUCCCCACCUCCUACCAUGCCGACCUCCCCACGAUUGACCUAACCAACGACUUCCCACCUUCCGCCGAACCCAGUAUCUCUCACCAAACCAUCAACCCCCAAUUUCUCAACCCCGACACCCAGAGUGCCAACCAGCAUCAGCAGCACAUAUCCAACAACUUUCUUUAUGGAGUCUCGACAGGAGUCCCGACGGAGUUUCCGCAAGAUGGCAGGAUGUUCGAUUACUACCAGAAUAAUUUCUCAGUUCAACCUCAAGGCGUUCAACAAAAUGCGGAAAUGCCACAACUAGCACCUCGAGGGGCCCCGACACUCGCCAUCUACCCGCCAACCCUGGAGAGCGUCCUCCAAAAGUCUUCGACAAAGAGCAAGCCAAAGUCCAAGAAAUCCGCUGCGAAACCGAAUAAGACACAAUCCGGAUCGGGAAGUGACUCGUCGGACUACGAGUCGGAUUUGGAAAUUGAACCUCCCGACGAGCCGUCCCCUCUCCCAGCGGUGCGGCCGAAUGAUACUGUGAACAGGGCAAAAUACGAUACAAUCCAAGCCGUUUGGUCUCCGCGGAACAAACGGCCAUCAGCGGAUAAAGUGAAGAGUGCCCUGGUGGCUUUCCCCAAGAUUAUCAAGUCUCUUCGUGAUGCCUGGAGAGAUCAGGUUCAAGCAAUGAAGUCGGCUGAAAAUCAGGGAGACAAUGAUAAAGCUGCGCGUCUCAAGAAAGAGGUGGCGCUUCAGCGCCAACUAAUGGAUACUAUUGUGAGGACUGCCUUGGAUAUGGGUCACCCCAUGAUCGUCGAGAAGUAUGACCUCCCUCCCUCAAUUCCCCUGACUCCCUUCGUUUCCCUUGUUUCUCUCGUUUUAUGCGUUUCCACCUUGUUUCUGGCACGUGAUCUCCAUACACCUAGAAGUUCCAAGAACAAUGAGCUUAUCACCCACUUAUUGGAACGCUUUGUUACUGUUGACGAAGAGAUGUUGCAAAAAACCAAUUUUAGCAAAACCCUUCCAAGAUUCGUCAAAAAAGGCGGACCUUCCAUCAAGGGUUUGGCCCAGAAGAUCUUGGACAAUGCUUCUGCAUCUACCAAGCGGAAGCAGACGAAUGCAAAGUCGAGUAAAGAAGACUCGACAAGCAAAGGGCUUCGCGGAGACUCGCCCUCUGAGAUCGCGGGCUCUAAACGGGCUCGGGAAGUCGAAAAUACCGCCCAUCCUGCCACAAAGAAGAUGGUAGUGACUUCGAAUCCCAAAGAUGCCAGCAAGUCUGCGCAGGGGCCCAAUGGACAUACCAAGGCUGGUCUUAAUGGUAAAGUUGCAACAUCGGCAGCUCCUCGUCCGCGGCCAGCUGUUGCUGCUCCCAAGCUCAGUAGUCUUUUUGGAACUUUGAGCUCUGCAUCAAAGAGGCCUGGAACUACAAAUGCUGAGCGAGCCGCAGCCGCAGCCGCAGCCGCAAAGUCUACACCAAGCGCGGAAAAGAAGGAGAAGCCAGCAGCUCCGCCCUCUAAGCCUGCAUUCUCUUUGAAUGAUAUCAUGGCGGAUCUCAGCAAGCCCAAGGAGGCACCCGUGCCUGAUGAUUCUCUCACCGAGGUCCGAUUGUUCACUCACGACCCCGACGAAGAGCUUGGCCCAGGCGACAACUCCUUGCGUGGUGUUGGAGACGUCAAGGGUGAGGGAAGCGUGCUCAAACUUCACAAAGACUUGGAGGAACUUGAGGAGGAUGAUUUAGGUGGCAUUCGUGAAACGAGUCUUAACGAUUACACAAGUCUUACUGCGAUCGAUAUCGAUUUAGGUGAUCUCAAGACCGCCAACUUCAUCAAGCGUGGCGGUGAAGCAAUACCUGACAGUCCGGCGAAGGAGGCUCAGAACCAACGAGAAGCAACCACUCUCAUGGCCUUCUACACCUCUCCCGCCGACAUUCCCCCAUCCCCCAAGGAGCCCCCUGCUUCCGAGACCAACUCCAAUGAUGAAGCCGCCCCCGAAUUGGUUUUCUUUGGAGACGUGCCCGAGCAUGUCAAGGUAUGUUACAGUCUUGACUCAUCCAAGGUAUUAAAUCAAUGGCUAAUGUCCAUUCCAAAUAGGCUCGAGGCGAGCGCUGGUUUGCACAUAUUAACCCCCCCGGCCGCUGCGCCUGCAGCCCAAGCACAGCCUGCCGCACCCGCAGCUGGCGGCUUCGACAUUUCAAACCUUCUCAAACUCAUCGGCAAUGGGAACCAGCAACAAUCCACCCCUCCUCCUCAGUCCCAACCCCCACCUCAGCAAGCUUCUGUGUCAGAUCUCGAGCGCACUAUCAACAUGUUCCGACAGCAACAAAACCAGCCACCCGCAGCCCUGCCGCCUCAGAUCCCUGUAAGCCAGCCACAAGCGACGCCCGACAUCGACUUCCUGAAGAUUUUCAAUGUCAUGCAGCAAAUGCAGCAGGGAUCGGGAGGAUUCCCUCAAGCACAGCCUGGAAUGGCACCAAAUAUGGGCGCCAUGUUUGGCUCGCAAUUCGGUGGCCAAAACCAGUCCGACUCACGAGGCCAGGGUUACGAAGACCCUGAACGCAAACGCAUCCGCGAGGCUAGUCAGCACGAGGAGUUCAGCCGACAGAAGCGGACUAAGGCUAGUGGCCCUCAGCCGUACAAGGUCGGUCUAAUUCCGUGCAAAUUCUGGGCGGAUGGCACGUGCAGAAAGGGCGAUAAUUGCACAUUCCGUCAUGACUCUAAAAACGCUUGA